UCUGGGCCUUUCGCCAGCAAAUCCGUCCCCACGAUUGCCCUCGCCUCCGCCUCCAGCACGAGCCGGUCGCGCGGGGUCCGAAUUACGAUUAUGCCCCUCUCUCCGUAUCCGGGAUCGAGCCAUCGAAGCUCCCCCGGUCCCCCCUGUCGAGGUCGCAGACAUUCACGUUUCUCUCCCCAUCGCUAAACAAAAAAGCCGAAGGGCCGCUCGUUCGAAAAUAUAUAUUCAGACAAGAACGUCUCCGACGUACAUCUUCCUCUCUGCAUCUCUCUCCUCCAUUCCUCCGAAACUGAUCUUCCCUUACGAGAUGGCAUUGCAACAGAAGAAUAUUGCUGCUGAGGAACCAACCACAAGUGGGCACGACGCGACUCUGGAGGAAGCUGAUUCUGCUAUCGGUGGUUGUCUUUCUGACGUGAAUAACAAUGGUGACAGCAAUGGAAUGGCAGAAGCAGAUAGAAACAUCAAGGAAACUCAGAGUUUCCCUGGCAUAUAUAGGCAAGAUGUGGUGAGGAGCAAAAAAAAUGGAACGAUCGGUAUAGUGACUGAAGUUGCUGGGGACUCUGAUUCAGAUGGCAGCAUUACUGAUGAGGAGGAUGAAGACGAAGACGAUGAAGACGAUGCUGAAGACAGUGCAAAUGAGGAGACUGAUGGUGAUAGAAUCAAAUUAUCUCGGGAAAAUUGUGCCGGAAGCCAAGGUGAUGAGAAACCAGGUCCUCUAUCUGCCGACCAAGUUCGAGUGCUCUGGAUGAAUGACAUUGAGAGUACUCAAAGUCUUAAUGAAGUAACAGUCAUUGAUCGGGGAUUCUUACACGGGGAUUAUGUGGCUUCAGCCUUAGACCCUACAGGUCAAAUUGGUGUCGUGGUGGAUGUUAGUAUAAAUGUGGAUGUAUCAACUUAUAGUGGAUCUACUAUAGAAGAUAUACCAUCGAGAGAACUAAAGCGUGUGACGGAAUUUUCUAUUGGAGAUUAUGUUGUCCUCGGUCCGUGGCUGGGUAGAGUAGAUGGUGUUCUAGAUAAUGUGACUGUGCAGUUUGAUGAUGGUUCUGUCUGUAAAGUAAUGAAGGCUGAGCCACAUCGCCUCAAACCUAUCACCAAGAAUCUACUUGAAGAUGAGCAUUGUACUUAUUUUCCUGGUCAACGUGUCAAGGCUAGCUCUUCUUCGAUUUUCAAGAAUUCGAGAUGGCUAUCUGGGUUGUGGAAAGCUAAUAAGUUGGAGGGUACCGUAACCAAAGUCACGAUAGGCUCGGUGUUUAUAUAUUGGAUAGCGUCCGCUGGACACGGGCCUGAUUCUUCGACUGCUCCAGCGGAAGAACAGAGCCCGAAGAAACUGAAAUUACUGUCUUGCUUUUCCCAUGCAAAUUGGCAGCUAGGUGACUGGUGUCUUCUUCCAUCUUCAACACCAGCUUCGUCUCUAUUAUACAAGGGUUUGUCAAGACUAGAACUUGAUGACUCGCUCAACAGUGAGUUAGAUAGCUCUCAACCGGAAAAGGAGGUUGCAUUGGAUGAGUCAAUUGACAACAGAGAGUUCAUGGAUACUGAUGCAGACACUGUAUUGGACCCAAAGGCUCCAUUGGAAUCAAUUACACGAUACGCAGCCUCAUCUGAGUCUAGCUCAUGUAGCAGUUCAUUGUCGGUUGCCAAGGAAACUCUUCAUGAACCUUGGCCUCUUCAUCGGAAAAAGAUUCGUAAAGUUGUUCUGAAGAGGGACAAGAAGAUUCGAAGGAAAGAGGAAAAUUUUGAAAAAGCUCUUCAAAUUGUCAAUACCAGAACAAAAGUUGAUGUGGCGUGGCAGGACGGUCAGAUUGAACGCUGUCUGGACUCAACAAAAUUGAUUCCAAUUGAGACGCCUGGUGAUCAUGAAUUUGUUGCUGAACAGUAUGUGGUCGAAAAGGCUGCUGAUGACGAGGAUUAUGCUGGUGAAGUUCGGCGUGUUGGGGUAGUGAAAAGUGUAAAUGCCAAAGAGCGAACAGCUCGUGUCAACUGGUUAAAACCAGUUGCCAGGCCAGAAGAUACUCGUGAGUUUGAGAAAGAGGAAGUUGUUAGUGUCUAUGAGCUGGAGGGACAUCCAGAUUAUGACUAUUGUUAUGGUGACGUCGUUGUACGUUUGUCCCCAGUUUCUGCUUCUUUGCAAAUGGAUUCUGGUAUGAAAUCUAUCGAGACAGGAAUGCAACAAAGCGUGCCAGAUGAGGAUACAACAGAUAACGAAGAAGACAGCUUGGGGACUCAAAAGGUCGAGGAAGUCACCGACAAUGAAGCUACCUCUACCUUUACAGAUCUUUCAUGGGUCGGUAAUAUAACCGGGCUUAAAGAUGGUGACAUUGAAGUUACAUGGGCUGACGGGAUGGUUUCAACGGUCGGACCGCAGGCCAUAUAUGUUGUCGGUCGAGAUGAUGACGAUGCGUCGAUUGCUUCUGGCAGCGGGGUUAGCGAUGCUGCAAGUUGGGAAACUGUAGAUGAUGAUGAAAUGGACGCUGUAGCAAAUGACAAAGAGGAGGUUGGACUUGCAAAUGAUGAUGACAAUGAUUCUGGAGAAGAGAGUGUGGAAAACCAUACUGGAAUGAAUUCAGCACUUUCUUUUCCUUUGGCUGCGAUUGGAUUUGUAACCAGAUUGGCAACUGGAAUAUUUUCACGAGGCCGGAAAAAUCUGGACUCUGGUUUGGAUUCUGAAGCUGAAAAUGACAGUCAUUCCCAGAUGUUGAUGCAAAGUUCCGAUGGAUUAUAUUCUAGUGACGAGUGUAGCUCGCAGAAAUCUAACAUCAUGGACUGUACGGCUGAAAGUUUAUGCAAUACGAGGCCUCAGGAAGUAGAUGCUCCAGCCUCCUAUGAAGAAACUACUUGCACUUUUAAACGUUUUGAUACGGCUAGAGAUCCUCUAGAUCACUAUUUCAUUGGCACGAAUGGACAGGUCAAUGGUGGAAGAAAGUGGUUCAAGAAGGUACAGCAAGACUGGAAUAUCCUUCAGAAUAACCUCCCUGAUGGGAUUUAUGUACGAGUCUAUGAAGACCGAAUGGAUCUUGUGAGGGCAGUAAUUGUCGGGGCGUAUGCGACACCCUACCAAGAUGGUCUUUUUUUCUUUGACUUUCACCUUCCCCCAGAGUAUCCCGAUGUUCCACCAUCAGCAUAUUAUCAUUCUGGCGGAUGGCGGAUUAAUCCCAACUUGUAUGAGGAGGGGAAAGUUUGCCUUAGCCUUUUGAACACCUGGACUGGCAGAGGGAAUGAAGUGUGGGAUCCCUUAUCUUCUAGCAUUCUUCAAGUGUUGGUUUCACUCCAAGGAUUGGUGCUCAAUUCUAAACCAUACUUCAAUGAGGCAGGGUAUGAUAAGCAAAUUGGGACAGCUGAAGGAGAGAAAAACUCGUUGGCCUAUAAUGAGAACACUUUCUUGCUGAAUUGUAAGACAAUGCUGAAUCUAAUGCGAAAGCCCCCCAAGGACUUCGAAGACCUUGUCAAGGAGCAUUUUCAGAAGCGUGGCUUUUACAUCCUCAAGGCUUGUGAUGCAUAUAUGAAGGGAUAUUUAAUCGGAUCUCUCACGAAGGAUGCCUCUGUAAGCAGUGAAAACAAUGCAAAUUCAACAUCGGUUGGCUUCAAGCUUAUGUUAGCCAAGAUUGUACCAAAGCUUCUCUUGGCUUUGGAUGAAGCUGGAGCUGAUUGCAAUGAAUUCAGACAUUUGGGAGAACCAUAGCAGAUUCUGAAGUCUAAGCCUCUGCCUCUUUCUAGUCAAAGAGGUUAGCUUUGCGAUUCACUACGAUUUCGUUCACCAACAGAUAUUUGUUGAUGUAAAGACUUCCAUUCCUGUGCAAAUGAAGAACAGUCGAUUUGCGCAGCAACAUUCUUUGCUGAUUGGUGAAUGACAUGUUUUAGAAGCUUGGUUUCCUUUUGAGCAAAAAAUGCGCGUUUCCUUGUGAUUGUUCCAACACUAGUGCCAAAUGUAUAUUUUGGGGUGGCCACAUCAAUUUUUUUUCUGCGGAAGUUGGCCUCCGUGUGUACUGACUUCAUUUUUUUUUAUAGGAAAAGUUUUGGAUCUUGGAACGUAUAAUCUAUCUUAUUCAUUGUCAA